AUGGCCAAAUCUUACAAAAAUGGUAAUGCCGGAAACCACGGGGCGCUCCGUCAACAAAAAACUAGACGGAAUGUAAGCGGGGCAUCCGAAAAAUCCCAUCCGGAUUCCCCUGAUGCACCCUCUUACAGAAUCAAUGAUGGCCCGUUUUACAGACACCCUGCUGCAAAUAAUGGUCGUGAUGACGAUAUCAGUGUUGGCCGUCGAAGCACACAAUCAAAGCAUUCCUCGGAAGACGGUACAAGAGAGGGUACUCCGACCCCUGCAGUUCCUCACGUCGAAACUAGUGCCGGUGUCAGAAUGGAAUUGAAAUUAUCACUCUCAGCCAAACUCCUCGCGAGUCAAAUCAGCGAAAGCAAGAAGUUCUGGGUUGCGUUCCAACAAAAAUUCGAGGACGAGGUGACAGGGAUUAAAUACUAUGCCAGCGGUCAUACACUGCGGCAGACGUGGCGGGAGAGAAUAGAGCACUACAGGCAACACAGAGCGGGCGAGGACGAAGAUGACGAGGAGGAGCUCAGUAUCCAGCAAAUGAAGCUAGAAGCAUGCUUGGACCAUAUUAAUAACGCUGCAGAAGUGUAUGCUCGAUCACAGCCCCCGCACAGUCACGCCAGCCAUAACCCUCGAUAUACCGCUCUGAAGAAGAUUCGUAUAAUUGGAGAUGUCGUUCGCGGUCUAGUUGCGCAAUCUUCGUUGGAUAGUGCGGCGUGUGCGGACUUGGUAAAGGAAAUAUCCAAUCUCGAAAAGCUCGUAGAUCCGAAAAGUUCAGAGGCUAAAGUCAUACACCGGGUUGGAAGGCAAAACGCCAAGAAAAUCAUCCAUCCGGACGAGGGCGAAGACCAGAUUCUGGUUGAACCGGCGGUUCUGGAGGCAGGCAUCCAAGUUGAUAACGAUGAUUUAGAGGUGGCGGAGGAUGGCGACGAUAAUUGGAAUAAUCACGAUAGGGGAACACCCUGA